AUGUCCAAAGAAGAUGACGCAUGCGAUGUUUCGGAAACACUUCGCGAAGACACACAUGCGAUCGCUGACGAAACCAAACAUCUCAUGCUCGAAGCUCGUUCGAGUUUAACAACAAUCAUAUGUUGCAUCUUAGUCAUGUCUUUAGUCUCAAUUUUCCUUUCCACUUGGCUCGCAAAGACAAUCACCAACACUCCGGCUUCUUUUGGCUCCAUCGUUAGUCAUUAUUUCGGUUUAGACCGAAAUGGUAGUGAACCAUAUGUCACUUGGUGGACACCAAAGCAUGUCAAACCAAAUGAAAUCCUCUCACGACAUUCUUCAAUCAAUAACACUAAUUUAACUGCAAAAGUUCUUCCAAUAAUAAUUCCAUAUAGUGAUUAUCCGAAUUUUCAUACCAUUGUUUUGCCAAUGUUAUUUAUUUGUGCGAUCCUUUUGGCCGCAUUUGCCUAUUAUACUCGUAUGAAAUGUACAAAUCGUGAUUUCGCAUGGGGUGCUGUUCCUAAGAUACCAUUAGGACGUGUCGAUCCAAAAACAGUGGCAAUCGCUCUGGCGAAAGCUGAAGACGCUGAACUUGGCAUCGACUACACCAUUGUUCAAGGAACAGCUGAAGAACCGGUAGUAUUCUCUCUAGCUGAAACGAUCGAACCCCCACGAAAAGAAGGAGAUAUUGUUGAUGAAGGAACUCAAUACGAAUCGGAAGAUGUUUUAAAAGUGAUUACGCAUGUUUCAUCUGCACCUGAAUUGCAUAAGAAUACUCAACUUGUACCCUCAGUGACACCAUCUGAAGAGCAAAAACAUCUCAUUGAACUCUUACAAAGAGAACCGUUGCCUACGCUUUCACCAUCGAAAUGA